CUCCGUGCAAUAAAAUGAAAACCCUAGCGGCAAGUCCAGGGCCAGAAUGAAAUCUUGGCCGCUGGAUAUUCGAUCCAACGGUGAAGAUCUUCUUACAGCAUCUGCUUAUCAGGCUCCGACCGGUGCUUUUGUGCUGGUCCGCCCUCUACUUUCUCGCACGCACUCUCUCUUGCUUCCUUGUUCUGUAUCGUUCUCCGUUAUUUCUACUCGUUGCCAGGAGGUCUCAAGUACAUAAAUGGCUGAAAAAAUCGCCGAUCAUCGUUUGGCUCGAGCUUAGAGCUAAAAAGUUUGCGGCUUUAGUAGCUGAUACUGAGUUUUCCCCGAUUUAAUUGAGUGCGCCGCUAGCUGUGGCUGGUUUUGCUUGAAUGGCUGGCAACGGAGUUUCGGAUUUAGGGUUUUGCUGUCGAUUUAGUUGAUACCAUGGUUUUUGAGAAAAAAGUUCAUAUCUUUUUGAAAUUGGACAGGUGUUUGAACGCUCGGAGCUUUUUCAAUCUAUUAGAUAGCACUUGUAAACUUGCUUUUUCUGAAGAUAUUCGUAUUCUUAUUUGAUUUUGUAACUGAGAGCGCGGUGAAUAUGCUAUCUGAAAUGGGGGUGAGGGCGAUGAUCGGCUCCGGUGGGGAGGGUUUUAGCGGCGAAGACCUCGGCAGGGAGCUGGGUCUUCUGCUGCGGGAGCAGCGGAGACAGGAGGCGAGCGAUCGUGAAAGGGAGCUUAAUAUCUACCGCAGCGGCUCCGCGCCGCCUACUGUCGAGGGCUCAUUGACUGCCAUGGGAGGGCUGCUUGGUGUUGACGCCGAUCGUGGAAGUGGCAUCACCGAGGAGGAUCUCCUAUCUGAUCCAGCUUAUGUCUCAUACUACUACUCCAAUGUAAACCUGAACCCGCGGCUGCCGCCUCCUGUGCUGUCCAAGGAAGAUUGGAGGUUUGCCAAGAGGGUCCAGGCUGGGAGCUCUGGACUGGGAGGAAUUGGAGAUAGGAGGAAUCUUGGUAGGAUUGAAGAAGGAUGGAAUAGAUCAUUGUUCUCCUUGCAGCCAGGUUUUGGUGCCAAGGAGGAUGAAGAAAAUAAGCCUGCACAAGGUUCCAGCGAGUGGUUGGAUAAUGGAGGAGAUGGGUUGAUUGGCUUGCCAGCUCUGUCUCUGGGCCGGCAGAAGAGUUUUGCUGAUCUCUUUCAGGAUGACCAGGCUCAAAGAGUUUCAGUGUCAGGCCAUCCAUCUCGCCCUACAAGUCGGAAUGCCUUUGAUGAUUGUGUGGAGCCAUUAAGGUCUGGUGAAGUUCAUCUUCUUGAUGGCCUUAGAGCUGGAAACAAUGUUCAAAGUGUCAUGGUUCCUCAAAACAAUGUUGCAUCACCAUCCCCUACUUUUGCUUCUGUUGUGGGUUCAUCUCUUUCAAGAAGCAAUACACCUGAUCCUCAGCUGGCAGCAAGGGCUCCUAGUCCUCGCCUUCCUCCUGUAGGUGUCAAGAUAGUAAGUAGCGAUAAGAAAAUAACUAGUAGCUCAAGCACUUUAGAUAGGACGGCAUCUGCCAUAGUUGAUUCGGAUGAUCUCAUGUCUGCUUUAUCUGGCAUUAAUAUUUCAAACAGUGCGGCAAUAGAUGAAAGUAGGCAGUUCAGUCUGCAAAAGGAAACCGAUGACCAUCAGAGGUUUCUCUUUGAUCUGCAAGGCGGUCAAAAUAAUAUUAAACCAUCUUUCAUGCAAUAUUCUGGCUCAGAACAAAUAGAUUUGUCUUCUGUUCGUCAAUCAACCAAGAAUUCAUUUCCUGGUGUUGCUAGAAACUCUACCAGCCUUCCUGAUUUUAAUAACGCCAUCUUGAGAUCUACACAGCAUGUUGAAAUGCAGAAGAUUUCUCGUCCUUCUAAUAACUCAUCGCAAAAGGGAACUUCUUCCAACAUUCGAAGUCCAGGUGGCUCUCCUGUUCACUAUUCCAGGAACUCAGAUGGCAGUGCUAAUCCUUCUUUUACAACAUAUGGACUGAAUGGAUAUUCACUAAAUUCAUUACCUUCAAUGAUGACCAAUCACGUUGGUGCGAGCAAUUUACCACCUCUGUUUGAGAGUGCAGCAGUGGCAUCUGGACUUGGAUCACCUUCUAUUGAUGCUAUGGUUCUUGGAGGCGGUUUUUCUUCAUCAUCAAAUUUUAGCGGAACAGCGGAUUUGCAAAAUCUCAAUAAAAUUGGUAGUCAUGCAGCAACUUCUGCUCUUCAGAUGCCUCUUGAUCCGCUUUAUAUUCAGUACCUGAGUGCAGCACAAGCUGCUGCAACUAAUUUCAAUGAUCCUUCUUUGGAGAGGGGCUUCAUGGGUAAUUCUUAUGCAGAUUCGCUUGGUGCCCAAAAAGCAUAUCUUGGGGCAUUGCUUCAACAACAGAAACAGUUUGGAAUGCCAUUUCUUGGUAAGUCUGGCUAUUAUGGCAGUCCUUUUGGUCUUGGAAUGUCCUAUCAGGGAAGUCCUUUCGCAAGCCCUAUUCUCCCAGCUUCUCCUGUUGGAUCUGGUAGCCCUUUGAGGCAUGGUGAGCGGAGCAAUAUGCAUCUUCCUUCGGGCAUGAGAAACUUAGUUGGUGGUGUCAUGGGUUCUUGGCAUUUGGAUGGUGGUGGGAACAUUCAUGAUGGCUUUGCUUCCUCUCUUCUGGAGGAGUUUAAGAACAACAAGACUAAGUGUUAUGAGCUUUCAGAUAUCGCUGGUCAUGUAGUUGAGUUCAGUGCUGACCAGUAUGGGAGUCGAUUCAUACAACAGAAACUAGAAACUGCCACGGCUAAAGAGAAGGACAUGGUUUUUGAUGAAAUCAUGCCUCAUGCUUUUUCUUUAAUGACUGAUGUAUUUGGAAAUUAUGUGGUUCAGAAGUUUUUUGAACAUGGAUCUGCUGCUCAGAGAAGUGAGCUGGCUGAUCAGCUUACAGGGCAUGUAUUGACUCUUAGUCUGCAGAUGUAUGGAUGUCGAGUGAUUCAGAAGGCAAUAGAAGUUGUUGAUUUGGAUCAACAGACUAAAAUGGUUAAAGAACUUGAUGGCCAUAUAAUGCGAUGCGUGCGUGAUCAAAAUGGGAACCAUGUUAUUCAAAAAUGUAUCGAGUGCAUUCCUCAAGAUGCAAUUCAAUUCAUUGUUUCCACUUUUUAUGAUCAAGUGGUGGCAUUAUCCACCCAUCCAUAUGGUUGUCGUGUCAUACAGAGAGUAUUGGAGCACUGUGAUGAUCCUAAAACACAACAGAUCAUGAUGGAUGAGAUUUUAGAUAGUGUAUGCAUGCUAGCGCAAGAUCAGUAUGGCAAUUAUGUUGUUCAGCAUGUUUUGGAGCAUGGAAAGCCUCAUGAACGAUCUGCUAUAAUUCAAAAGUUAGCUGGUCAAAUAGUUCAGAUGAGCCAACAGAAGUUUGCUUCAAAUGUUGUCGAGAAGUGCUUAACCUUUGGUGGUGCGGAAGAACGGCAGUUAUUAGUGAAUGAGAUGCUUGGUACUACUGAGGAAAAUGAGCCUCUACAGGCAAUGAUGAAAGACCAGUUUGCGAACUAUGUUGUACAGAAAGUGCUGGAGACGUGUGACGAUCAGCAACGGGAACUCAUUCUUUCGCGAAUUAAGGUCCAUCUGAAUGCACUGAAAAAAUAUACCUAUGGGAAGCACAUAGUUGCACGCGUAGAGAAACUUGUUGCCGCCGGAGAGAGGAGAAUUGGACUUCAGCCAUCUUACACAUAAAGGAUAAGGAAGUUGUACAGCUAACUGAGGCUAGUUUGAGCUCCCUCUUUCAUCUUUCUGUUUAGGCUGUUCCAAGUUGAUUGCAAAUAAAUUAGUUAUGUGUACUUAAAACUGUAAAUUUCUGUAGUAUGAGGUUCAUUAUAGUAGAUGUUGAGGAAGAUGAGGUCAACAACUAUCAAACAAAUGACUGAUAGCAGAGAUAUGUGUACAAGUUUAAGUUUUAAGUUUAAGUUUAAGUUUGUGGAUGUAAAGAUGAGUUGAAGGAAGAAGAAUGUACUAAAAAAGAGAGAACAAAUGUUUUUAGAGUGACUGUAAAAAUGUCUCCAUGUGGAGAGAAGUUGAGUUUAGGCGAGGCUGGAAUUUUCCGUAAACUGUCUUAUUUAUAUUUCAUAGAACACUUUUUCUUUUCCAUUA